AUGAUUGGCCGUCCCUCUUCGGGCAGAGGCUCGAUUGUUCAAUUGGCCCCUUUUGCAACUAACAGGAUCAGUGUUCGUGUUUUGCAUAUUGACACAGCUGAAGAGAUCUGGCGGGUAGGCAACGGCCUGCCAUCAGCCGAUCGGCGGAGGCGUUCAGCCUCCGCGCUCGCGUCAUCCAAGAUGGCGUUGCCUCUAUCAAUUUUGGGGCGCGACCUGGGCCCGUUGCUUCUCCUGUUGGUGACAGCUUUCAUUUGGAAAAAGCAUUUCUACAUGCGGGGCUUGACCUACCGGGCAACCGUGGUGCCAUUCGCUCGGGAGAAGAUCAUGAAAUCGAUUUUCUAUCUUGGCUUGCUUGGGAGCGUUGAUGCCGCCUUAAGGCGCAUCGGUCAGCUGCUCAUGCUCUUCAAACUGCCAAUUUUUCCCAAGUCGGAGCGCUCGGCAUUCUUGCUGCGACUUCUUCUCCUUCACGUUCCCUUCGCUGUUUGGGCUAUCAGGGGACCACUGAGCGAGCGCGGCUCAACUCGUGACGACCGCGGGUGGUCGGACGCUGUGACCCGGUCCCGCUUCUGGCGCUUGGUCUCUGCUGCCUUCGGCCACGCACACAUUGUUCUCUCUGAGGAAUGGCGCCAGCUGAGCCCCGAAGAGAUCCGCCGGUGGAUCGACAGGCACUAUGCGUGCAGCUCAGCUUAUCCGACGCAAAGUCCUGUCAUAUGGUUUGGUUGGCAAGGCAGUCACAGCGUCGACAAGAAGAGUUCCCACUUGGGCUGUACCACCAUCUGGGAGACUGUAACCUCAGACAUUUUCGGACCUGAGCAAUUUUCAGUCAUCGGAAUGCAUCCCCAUGGCCUGCUCCCUUUUGGAGCAAUCCUGGCCGGCCUCACCUGGGCUGGUGGCGGACUGCGCGGCCGCACGGCUUCGGGCGUGGAACUACCUGAGCCGGAGAAUGGGGGCGAGCUGCUACACCAGCGCUGGUUCAGGCAGAUGAAGCUGCGCGCUGCUGUUGCGUCUGGGGCCUGCGGCCUUUUCCCUGGCUUCUACGAGAUGUUUACAACCCUGGGUGCCUUUGAAUGCACCAAGCCCUUCAUCCGCGACCGCCUCCGAGCGGGGCGCGACGUGGCAAUCUUCGUUGGCGGAGCACAGGAAAGUGCAUAUGCAACUCCGGGUCGUUACGUGUGCUACAUCAAGUGCCAUAAAGGCCUGCGAGUGCGUGAUGUUGGCAUGGGAUGGCAAGGGCUAGUGGCAGGCAGCAUAGGGGAUCCUUCUCUGGGUUCUACUUCAAAUUAA